AUGAAUAUGAGUACGACUACAGUACCGGAUGCCAACAUUUUCACUGGCUCACCUCUGAGGCUGAUUACUAACACGUUGGAGUCCGUUCAGAGCACCACACCCACCUUUGUUUUUGAGGGAAAAGCUGCUGACUGGAACAACACAGGCCGAACACUGUGCAGACAUGGAAGCUGUAGUUGCACUGUUGCUGGUGUUGCUUAGAGUCUCUCAUGGUUUCAAAACUUACUGUGAUGGCAGACAGGAUGGAGCUCAGUGUUAUGGACCUUUGGGAGGAACUGUGGACAUCCAGCUGAUAGACAGCACUUCAGAAAUGCCUAGAUACCAACUUUCAAAGAAUACAUUAAAAAUACUAGAUGUGAGAAAAAAUAAGGUUAUUUCUAAUACCAUAGGAGAUAGAUAUACCCUUUUUCUCAGCAAUGGAACAUUUAGGGUCAAUAACCUGAGCAGGAACGACAGUGGUAAAUAUACCCUUCAAACAUUUAAUUUAGAUGGAACAUCAUCAGGCGAGCAGACUUUGCAGUUGUUUAUUCAAGCUCCUGUGUCCUCUGUCCUGCUGGUCUCUGAGUGUCUGUCCCAGGGAGAGAGGAGGGUGUCCUGCUCCUCUGAGAGAGCGAACAAUCCUCAGUACAGCUGGACUCUGGAUGGACGCACACUGACAGAUGCUGAGCUCCUUUCUGGAAAUCAUGAGAGUAACAUCAUCACUCUGAAACAGCACGUCUCAGGAAAUCUGGUCUGCUCAGUCAGGAACAAUGUCAGUAAUGUCUUCAAAGAGGAGAGAAUAUCUACCUGUGGUUAUAUUUAUAUUAACUGUACUUCUGUCAAUGGGACACAGAUAUUAAGGUGGGUGUAUAAAGCUAAUAACACCCUGUGUACGCAACCAAAACAGACUUCUGUGGGUAAGAAAAAAGAAACUGCCAUCAGUGAUGAGCCAUGGUAUAUUAGAAAUUUGCCACUGAUAGGUGGUGUUCUCUCAGUUCUGGUAAUUUUCUUGGUUGUUGGUGUAGCAGUCAUAUGUGCUUGGAGGAAAAAACAAAACAGCAAACCUACAAAAAAGGAGGAAGAAGAUGACCAGGAGGUCUUUGGUGAUGUCAGGUUUGUCAAAAGGCCGGCAAACCAAGCUGAGAAAAAAGCGGAGGUGGAGUACGGCCAAGUCAAGUCUGCAAAGCGACCUCGGAAGCCUGAACCAGCAUUUACUGAUACUGUGUAUGCUAACGUCCAUAAAGUCAAGUAAUGAAGUGCUCAGUGGUUUUGGACAGACAGCUCCACUGAAAGUAGCUGGAGUGAGGAGCUGAUGUUAAGAAACCUAAAGGUCCUUCAUUUAAUUUAUUGGAUUAUUUUACUGUCACUGCACUUCUUUAUUAUAUCAGGUGAUCAACGCAUCUACUGUUAUGUGACCUCUGGAUUUAAUUACAAAACACUGAGUGUUUUCUGCAUCUGUACUCUGUGGAAGCCAUAACAGAACGAAGGUUAUGAUUGCUAUUUUUUAGUGUUUCUCUUUUAACUUGAACUUGACUAGUUCUUGGUAAAGGUUUGACCAAUGUGUAAAUGGAGACAUGAUAAGGAGAAGGCACUUUAACAUUUAUGAAAAUAUGACUGUAAAUAAAGAUUCUUUUGUACCACA